GUGACUUCUUGGUAUGAGAAAUGAAGGAAAUUUUUCGUGAUGUUUCUUUGCUUGCAGGAAAAUACGAGCUCGAUGCCGGAGGCUUCAGGGUCAGACGUGGGCGACGAGUCGGAUUGUCACCCUUUCGAGAAUAAGAUCGGCCUAGCCGAGGAUAUGAAGUUUCUGGCUAGUAUGCCGGAACUAUGUGACGUGACCUUCCUCGUCGGUGAAACCAAGGAACCCAUUUGCGCUGUGAAGGCGAUCCUGGCAGCUAGAAGUAGAGUGUUCCAGAAGAUGUUUUAUCAAGCGCCGAGUCCACAGCGAAAGAAGGAUCCACCACCAAAGGAGAACAAGAUCCGAUUGUUCCUGAAGAGAAGCUCUGAGCCGCUGUUGAAUCUGCAAAACGCAGCGCAACAGCGGUCAGGGUUCGCGCAGCAGUUGGCUCCCAUACAAGAGCCGAAUCUGCAUCAAACUGUAAUCAUCGAGGAAUUCGAGCCUGAUGUGUUUCGGCAGCUGAUCGAGUAUAUACAUACUGGGUGUGUGACACUUCAGCCUAGGACUUUGUUGGGUUUGAUGAACGCCGCAGAUUUUUACGGAUUGGAGCAGUUGAGGAAAGCUUGUACUGGAUUUGUGCAAUGUUGUAUAACAGUGGAUACCGUGUGUGCGUUAUUGGCAUCAGCUGAACGAUAUAUUCAGUAUAAAUGUACGAAAUCCUUGGUACAUAAGGUAUUCGAAUUCGUCGAUGAGCAUGGCAACGAAGUAUUGAAUUUAGGAUCCUUUACCCUGCUCCCUCAACACGUGGUUCGUUUAAUCCUGGCUAGAGAAGAGUUACGAGCCGAUGAGUUCACUAAGUUCCAAGCGGCCUUGAUGUGGAGCAAGAAGUACUGCGACAGCGACCAGAGCCAAGACCUGAAAGACGUGAUAUCCAAUUUUCUGGAAUACAUCCAGUUCCACAAGAUUCCAGCGAACGUGCUGAUGAGGGAGGUUCGACCCCUCGGCCUGGUCCCAUCCAAGAUCAUAGUGACCGCGUUGGCCUACCAGGCAGACCCGACCAGUGUCGACCCCAGAAGCUUGUCCCCCCAACGAGUGAAGCACCAGGACCGUAGUCUGUCGGUGCAGUCCUCUCUGCAGGACCAAUUCGGCAGCAACACCUCGCUGAGCUCGACCCCGUCGGACGAUGGGUCCGACGAGAAGCAACAUUCAGGUAAAUACGGCAUAGCAGAGCAGGAAAUACGGGAACAGGAACAGUGGCCCAAGCAGCGGCGCGAAGAUGAUGACCUGCAGCGCUUGAUCGAGCAGAGGAAUCAGUAUCAGUCGAUGAGGCUGGAGGACGAGGCGCAGCGUCUGCACGACGAACAGCUGAUCAGGCGACAGGAAGAAGAGCUGAGGAGGCAGGAGAUGCAGGAAGAGUUCGAGAGACGUCAGAGGGAGCAGCUGAAGAGGAAGUACGACGAAGAGUUGAAGAGGCAGCAGGACGAAGAGAGGCUGAAGAAGCAGUUGGAGGAGGACAACUUGAGGAAGAAGCAGGAAGAGCUGGAGUACAAGCAGGAGCAGGAGAGGCUCGAGAUGGAGAGACAGAGGCAGUUACUGAAUGCAGACCAGAAGCUGGAGAUGGAGAGGCAGAAGCAAUUGCAGGAUGUGGAACAGAAGAUGGAGUUGGAGAGACAGUCUCGGUUGGAGCAGAAGAUGGAGACAGAGGAAGUGAAAAAAAAGCAGGAAGAUUCAGAGAAACUGAAGUCUGAGGAUCUUGCAAAGGAGGGGGUAGUGGACCAACAAGAGGAAGAACAACGACCAGUGGAGAAGGAAGAAUCGCGAGAGGAACAGACUGCGAACCAACUAGCUCAUCCGACAAUCUCGAUAGAGGAGCAAGACUCGCAACAGCGAGUGGAAGAAGAGAAACAGUUCCAGGAAGAACAGGAGUUAAUAAAACGUCAGAGAGAAGAGGAACAACGGAGAAUUCGCGAGCAAAGGAAAUUACAGUUGCAGUUGGAAGAGCUAAAGGUUCAGUGGAAGUCGCAGCAGGACGUGAUGUUACGUCAGCAACAGAGACAGGUCCAGGAGACCAGGUACCAGGAGCAGUUGGAGCACAAGCAGCUACAGCAAGUGCAGCUGUACCUCGAAGGCAGGAAGCCAGUGGCAGAGAAGAAGCUGGAACAACGUCAGAGCGUGGAACGAAAGAAGACAAGGAAGAGGAAAGACGACAGGGUUGAGAUAAGAGUACAUGGAUCGCCGAAACAGGAACAGCGACUUCAGCAAACGGCGCCAGCAGAGGGCGUGACUGGUUUCUACAUAAAGCUAGUGGUGAGGCGGGAGGGCAAAGCGAAUUUGGUUUGGUUGUUCAAAACGCACAAGUUCUGAAUCGGUACCCUUUCGUUAUCUUCUUACUCUGAUUUGCCACUGUCGAAGCUUCUAAUUUCUGAGAGAAAAUUCAGUUAGAAAAUUAAGACUUUCCCGAAGAAGGCAGUUGGCCCAGAGCAUAUCGAGUACUCCUGUUACCUAAGUUAUGUCUUCAGACUUCUAUGUAACGAAUCGUUGAAUUUUUAUGAAUCUUUAUGGUAAUAUGUUGACGUAAUCUUAUCAUGAUCGUUAUCACGACUACUAGCUGGGAUUAUGUACAGAUACUUAUGAUAAGGCAGAUGUUUACCCUCGGUGAUAGUCUGCGUGUAGAUAAGGGAUGAUUAUGGGAUUGCUCGAAGACUAUUGUUCAUUCGUACAGUUCACUCGUUACGUCUCGACGGGGAAUUAUCGUUGCGUUGUUUAUCAACCAUUUGGAAUACAUUAUUUAGCUUCUUUCUCGUAAACGAAAAUGGAGAAGUGAGCACUGAAACGAAAUUUUUGUUUCCAUGAAAAUUUCUACCGAGAAAGUUCGUAUUGGAGUCGUUGUUCGAAUAAAACAAUUCUUACUGCGCACAGGAUGAACUUAUCCUCGGUAUAUCUAAAACAAUGAUUCAGUGAUGAUGAAUUCUGCUGCCAUAUGACGUCCCAACGCUUAUACUCUCUACUAUAUUUUCGGGUAUUCUCGUGUACAAAUUCUAACCUUCAAAUAGGUACUUCUUUCCUCUCCUUGACAAUUCGUGGACACCUAAUUAAUGAAAUCCACGAAGUAAAAGGUCAAACAUCGAAACACGACACUUAAAGCAUGAUUAAACAAAAUUUGUAAUAUCAUUUGUAAUAAUUAUUACAAAAUUAGAAAAUUAGAGAAGCCAAUUAUCUAAUUUUACAACGUCGUGCAAAAUGGAUCCCUGGCAAAAGUCAGCCAUUUUCAUCCCCAAGAAGAGAAAAUAGAAAUGAAGUGGGACGCCUGCAGGGUAAAUAUAUUUUCGCAAAUGCGUGGAAGCGAUGGGAAAUAAUUGGAAAAAUAAUUGGAGAAUUACUCGCACGAGGCUACUCGAUCCUAACGAGGCUAAUCUCACGGGUACCGCAUUACCAAGGAUUUACUCCGGCGCGUGAAAUUAUUCGGAAAAGUGGCGUGGCUCGAGGCUGUAGAUAUACGAACGACCCAGUGCACGACUGUUAUCGACACGGAUUUUACGAGUGUUAUUUUACAACCGACACCUUAACGACCACUUAUAUAUACAAUAAUGUACACGCGCCGGCUGUCUCUCGAAUUUCCAGCCACCUUUCCGAUCUAAUCAUUAUCAAUUACACGGUGUCACGCGGCGUUGGAGAACACGACAUCCGUCGACAUCAAUCAAUGCACCGUGGAACCGAGUGAACCGGUAUAACUUCGUUACGAUUAUUGUCGCGUGUACUUUUUCCAUCGUCCUCACGGCUCUGCUCAUCCCUCGAGUCGAGGGUUUAUCGACUUACCGAACGCUUCACUCUACCAAGAAAAUCUUCAACAUCCAUCCGAUCGCUCGAGGAUUUAUCGAUUUAUCCAACGAGAUUGUAUCGUCCAGCACGAAUGAAAUAUCUCUCGAUCGCCUGGUAUAAUGGGAAUUCGUGUACAAUCUUGUGGAAAACUAUUGGCGAACAGGAGGAACAGGAAGUGGAGGAAGCGAGGAAAAGGCAUGCUGUGAUUGGUUAUAGUAAUAAAUUCAGUUUUAAUAAGGCGAUUAUGAGGAUGGA